AAACCCUAAAAUAGCUCGCUUCGAGAUCAGACUUCCACAAUCCUCUGCAAUAUUUCAUAGACGCAGGAGCCCAAAUCCCAGACCCGCAAAAGCAAAAGCUCAUGAGACACCCAUGGCGGUUGCUUCUCUUGCGAAACUAUCCUCGCUCUCGCUUACAGUUCCUCACCCAGCCCCAGGUGCUCCCCGAUUCUGUAAGCUCUUUCUUAUCACUCCUCCACACACGGUUCUUUCACAAUGCUGUUUUCAAUCUCUCUUCUUGAACCCUCAAAAUCUUAAGCUAACCAUGAGCACUAAACUGCCCCUGAAUCAUGAAAACCUCAUGAUUCGUAAUUUAUCGUCUGAGCCAGCGGUGUUGAGGAAUCUUGAAUCUAAUCCUGAUGUGGCAAGACGGUUCUUUGAUUGGGUUUUGGAGAGUGAUGGGAAGAGAUGGAGCUCAAAAUCGUAUAAUUUGAUGCUUGGCAUUUUGGGAAUUAAUGGGCUUGUAGAGGAGCUUUGGGGUUGGUUGAUGCAAUGAAGAAGAAAGGGUAUGGAGUAUCAGGUCGUGUUCGAGAUAAAGUGGCUGAAAUUUUUGAGAAAGAAGGACUGGAGGGUGAUUUGGAGAAGUUGAGGGGAGUGUUUGCAUCAGGGUCCGUGGAUAAUUCAGUGGAGAAGGUUUGCCCUAGGGUGUGUAAGAUUGUUAGGAGUGAUGUGUGGGGGAACAGUGUUGAGGGCAGCUUACGUGUUUUAAAUGUCGUGUUUUGAAGUGAUUUGAUGAAAAUGAUACUAGAAAAUCUUGGUGCGGAGCCUAAAAAUGCAUUAAUAUUUUUCAGGUGGGUCGAGUAGAGUGGCUUGGUGAAACAUCAUGAGGGGACUUAUAAUGCUUUGGCUAGGGUUUUGGGGAGAGAAGAAUGCAUUGAUAUAGGUUUUGGAAGAGUGUUGAUGAAAUAAGGAGUAAGGGGUUUGAAAUGUACAUUAAGGUUUCAGAGUGAUUUGCCAAAAGGAAGAUGAUUAAGGUUUGAGAUCAAUUUUCUAAUGGGAGUAUGAUUAAAGAUGCUGCAGAUUUAUAUGAGUAUGCAAUUGGUGCAAAUAGACCUUCUGUGCAUGGUUGUACUUCUUUGCUGAGGAAAAUAGCAGUGGCUAAACAAUUAGACAUGGAACUGUUUUUGAGGGUUGUGCAGAUUUUUACAGAGGAUGGGAAUGUAUUGACAGAUAGCAUCCUUGAUG